UCGAGUAUUUUCUUUAAAAAGUAUUAUAAAUGGAAUCAAACAAAGCACAGUAAGUAGCUUUUGGCAUUAUUGUACUUUCUGUGAUCAAAACAUUCGAUCCAAAAAGAAAUAUACUUCUACUGACUCUGGUGAUCCUUCCUACCUCAUGAUCAAAAGAUUUGAAAUCUGCUAUUAUUGAUUCUUGAUCUUAUAUGCUGUUGCCAAGAACACGGAUACUACACAGAUGUCUCCAGCAAAAUCUCAGUCCGGUUCACGGAGUUUAACAAGAGCUUUGGCACUAGCCUUCAAUGAGUGGCUGCUGAUGGUCAUGCUCUUUGCUAACUCCAUAUUCACCUACGUGAUCACGAAGUUUGCAGAUUACUCCCAGCUCCAAUCUCCAUGUCUUAUAUGCUCAAGGCUUGAUCAUAUCCUAGGGAGGACAAAGCAAUUGAAGGAAUCUCAUUGGGACAUGUUUUGCUCAAAACACAAAUCAGAAAUCUCGUCGUUGGUUUACUGUCACGCUCAUGGCAAGCUUGUAGACGUCCGAGGAAUGUGUGAAGCUUGUCUUUUCUCUUUUGAUACAACCAAUAAGUCCAGUUCUGAAAGCUACAAGUUACUGGUUGGGAAGCUGGGUGAAGACUCUAACAGUGAUCAAAGCACAAGUCCAAGAAACUGCACAUGUUGUAAUCAGAUGUGGAUACCACAAGUUGGUUCUGCUGGUGAGGUGUUGUCUAAACCGGAAACAAUAUCCAAGAUUGGUUCGGUUGGUGAUGUGAGAACCGGGAAACAAACUAGUACAUCAAAGAAAAGUGUCAGGUUCAAUGAUUUGCCUCACGUUGGGUAUACUGAGCUCAAGAUUCAUUCAGAUACAGAACCAGAAGAUGAAUUUUUUGAAGAUGAAGGUGUUGCAGUUAAAGAAGAUGAUCAUAGGCUUCUUCAGAACGUGGACCUGGAGACUCCUCCAGUUAUCACCUUGCCUUAUGAUCUGGCUACUGAUAAGCUGAUAAAUCUUGACUCAACUUUGCAGCCUUUGGUGGAAGUUCAUUUUUCAGGUAAUGAUGUUCCUGAAACAUCAGAGAAGGUGUUGAAGGAGGAAGAAAUCAUGUCAUUAGGUGAUAGUUUCGUGACGUCGCACAUGGAGCAUUCUGCAGCUGUUAUGAAGGAGAAGGAAGAUUUGGUUCACGUCCAAGAUACUUCUUUAACGCUGGAUUCUAAGGAAGUUCCUGCAGAUACCUUAGUGCAGGUGAGUGAACUUAUUGGAGUUAAUGGUGUGUCUGAAACAUCAGAGAAGGUGUUACAGGAAGAGGAGAUCAUACCAUUAGAUCAUCUUAUC